AUGCCCCGUGCCAAGUCCCACCGGCGGGCCCAGGCCCUGAAGCAGAGGAUGGCGCAGCCGCUGCCAUGGAUCCCCCAGCCGCCUGUCCCCGAGUUCGUUGCUCGGCGCGGUACAGGGUACCGCCAUCGCGUGCGGAGAUGGCCGACUUCGAAGCUGACCCAGCGCAGCUUCAAGUUGGUCACUCCUGCCCAGAAGCCGGACCAGAAGAUGGUGUUCGUCGUGGGAGACUCCCACCUGCGGGCCCUGGUGGAUGGGAUCGUCGCGAUGCCGGAGGUACCUCUGUGUUUUUCUUUUCUCUCUGUUCCAGGUGCGCAUGCAGCAGAGCUGAGGACGGAGGUGUCCCACGCCGCUCUCCCCUGGACCCCGGACGUGGUGUGUGUGCUCGCCCCGAGCAACAACCUGACAGCCAGCAGGAACAUCGGAGAGGCGUCGCUGGACUUCGGUGCUCUCCUGGCUACAGUCUGCAACCGCUGGGCGAAGGUGUUCGUGCUGGAUUUCCCUCCACGCCUGAACAUCGAGCCUGGCCUGCAGGAGCUGUUCCGCCAGGAGUUCCACCGUGUCGCAGCACGCAUGGAGCACCUCCCGAUGGAUCGUUUGGAGCUGUGGAGCCGUGACGGUGUGCACCUCAGCGACAGCGAUGGAACGCCGAUCCUCGUCCAGGCCCUGUGGGACGCCGCGGUCCGCCAGCUGACUCCUCCUCCUCCUCCUCCUCCUCCUUCGGUGCCCCCCCGGACAUCGCCUCGUGCCAGGGUCUCCCCCGUGCUGGUCGUGACGGGACACAGCCCCGCGGCUCGUCACCGCAACCCACUGGAGUGGACCGUCGUCGGACAGGAGGGCAAGAUUCGAGCAUCUCCGGUGCAAGAGUCUGUCCUCCCGUCCAACCCCGUGUGGUUCAGCGGCGACAUCCUGGAGGCCAUGGAGAGGGUUUCGCCAUCCUCGGACUGCAGCGUCACUUCCCUUCUGCCAGCUGGCCAGGUAAAGUGCCUGAUAAUUACAUUUAUAUAG